AUGGCGCCGCAAUUCAAAAAGCUGACCGACUGCCCUGAAAAUUUAAGGGAGUCCAUUGACUGGCUGAUCCAGGUUAAGAGUGGCGGCGGUCUUGAUGAUUUGUGUAACGCUUUGAAAAUAUUGAUUAGGGAUGCAAUUGAGAGUGCUAAAGCAAGCCUAAAGGGUACAGAUGAAGAUGGCUUCACAAGCUGUAAAAAGUGUUCUAAAAAGAUUUCUCCAAAACUUUUAGAUCCUGCUGACUCUUGUGUCUGUCCUGAACAUAAGCAGGUUGAAGACCUUGAAAAACAACUCAAAGAAUUCAUUGGUCAACAAGAAGGUGAUUAUAACAUCAACGAAAUCUUGGAAAAUUUGUGCACUUGCCUCGAAACCUUCCUCGGCUUCAACUCUGAGUCAAAAGGCUACGAUGGCGAAGGCAUUGUGUACUCCGACUUGGACAGGCUUUGCGACGCGGUGAUGGCGUUUUUGUACGGUGUUCUCAGUAACAUCCAAAGCCAUUUAGGGCAGCAUAAUGGACAAAUUACAGAUGCAAUUACGCUUCUUAAGCAAAAUAAACACCUUGGUAAAAACGGUUUUAAUGAUGCGAUUGAAAAGGUGGUCGCAGGAGUGCGGGGGUAUAAUGAGAAGGUGAAGAGGUCAAAUGGAAAUGUCAGAAGUAUAACAAGCAAGCUACUCCAAUACGUCACACAUGGCGGUGAUUUUAAUAGAGAUUUCAAUGGAAUUCGCGUAGAUGAUGUUGCUGGAUCCCCGGAAGUUAAGGAUGCCCAGGUCACUAAGGUUGAGAAGUUAGUUAAGGAAUGCAGACAAAAUGCCAGAGAAUUCGGCAAAAAUAUUAGAAGAGCAGACAAAGAUGUUGCCGAUUUGAAUCCUCAAUUACGUCAAAAUAUUGAGCGUGUAAAAAUUAAUAUUGCGCAUGAAAGUAAGAAGCUCGAAGAUAUCCACGCAAAGCAGCAGAGAGGUUUGGAGGCCACAGAGAAAAUUAUUAAGGAGACUCUUCACGGACUUAAUUGCAAUGUGAAUGAAAAAAUUAAGAUAGAUGUGGAGAAACUUGUCGCCGACUUGAAGGAGAAAAUUUCGGUUAUUCUGAAGAAUCUCGAGAGCAUCAAUGAAAAACUUAAGGAAUGCAUUAAUGAUCUCACGGAUUGGAUAACGAAGGCGGACAGUGUUGUAGAAGAAUCUUACAAACUGGUUCAGGAAAUAUUAAAUGCGCUUAAGGAUGACAAUUCGAAUACUAAUCCUUAUAAAAUACAAGAUGUUGCCGAGAAGCUGAAGGUUGAGGCCGGUGUGCUGCACGGACAGUUUGACAUGGCUAAGUCUGAAUACGAAAAGCUUUUUAACCUCAUUAAAGGGAAGGAUGGAGAUGGUGAAGAUGAAGACUGCGUGAUUAAAAAGCUUAAUGAGGUUCAUAUGAAUGUUGAGAAAUUGGUGCCGGAACGGGAUUUGAUUUCGUUUAAUACGCUUGACGGCGAUUGGGGUUUGAAAAACCAGAUUAAUCCACUCAUUCAGAAGAUUAAAGAUAAUGUUAAGGAAUACCUGGAAUCGUUGAGGGCUGCGUUGAAGGAGGGGAUAGCGGUGAUCGGCCGACAGUAUGGUAGUGGUGGUGCUGUUAUCCCAGGUAGUAAUCCCGCUGUUGAAGCACUGGUUUCAAAGAUGGGACAAAGUACUGAGUUAAAACCGUUGGGGGGCCGGCUUGAGACCGUGAGAGACGACAAAAGUGGCCAAGGAUUUGCCCUUGAAAAGGCAUUAAAGCACCUUCACGACGCGAAGGAAGAAUUAACACCAUCGACGAAUUUGCUCGAACAUAUGUACGAAAAUCUUAAAUCCUCAUUGCAGGAUAAGGCUGUAGCCGUAGACAGUGAGCUCUGCAACCUAAUCUAUGGUGCCUGCAUUAACGGCAUCAGUGAGCUUCAGGAGGCAGUCACUGCAAUCGUGAAUGAAAAACUUGAGCCUCUUAAAGACGAAGUCAGUAAGUUUAUUAAGCAAGCCGAGGAAUCUAAACAGGGCGUGAUAGAUUAUGCUCAAAAUGUAACCAAACACCUACGUGCGCUAUCUGAUGAUAUUAUGAAAGCGCUAACGACGGAUGACGAAAAGGAAGUGAACGACAGGCUCAGAGGCAGACUGAACGACCUAAAACAGAAGAUAUCGAAAGACAAGCCUAAUAUAACCGACAGCCUUCAAGAUCUACAGCGUAGACUAGACAAACUUCACGGCGACGUGAAGGCCGGGCCCAUCACCAAACUCAAGCAUCUCCUGAAUACAUACGCCGACCACGUGCGUGACAAAUACGUGAAGCAGACUCAAGAGCAGGUCAAUCAACAAGUGAAACGUGCAGUGUACACGAUCACGCAGCAAGCUCGUAAGCAGUACGUCUCUUUCGUCAGCGACAUGUUGACACUCUUCUCCACAAAGGUCGCCGAGGAGCUUACUGGGCUGCCACAGGAGAUGGAUCACGAGCUGGUCAUCGGCUUCCACGGAUUCAUGCACAGGUUUGAAUACACUUUUAAUCCAAAUUUUAGCGGUUAUGCCGCCAAUCCACCGGAGACUCUCCACGAUUUGUCGUCGAAGUUCAGCCAUAGUAUCAACUAUUUCGUCCAAGAGCUGAAAACACAGACCAAUUUAGACGCAGACGUUGCACGUCUCUCGUCGCCAUUUUCUGCUGUAUCCAGAUUAUUCAAUGACCUUAACACAUCUCACCACUUCGAUCACACAUUCAGCCAGAACAUUAGUGACCUCAUUAGCAAACUGGAGCAUUGCGCGCCUAAACAGUUCGGCGAUCCGUCCAAUGCGAUGCUAGAUGUUCUCAAGUUCGGCCUCCACGGUCUGGCAAGGGAGCUGUCCAAGGCAUACGUAUCCGUCUACGACGGCGCCCAUCCCAUAAAUCAGUGGGUCGAUGAGAAACGCGUAUUGACUACUGAAGGAAAACAUGGCGCCAAGGUUUGCAUUACCAUACUGGAGAUGCUGUUUAAGGAUUUGAAUGAUUUGCGGAAUAAGUGUAAGGAAGGCAGUGAAUGCAAAUACAAAACCAUAUGUGCAAGAAACGGAACCGUAGAAAAUCCACUGGGUGCCUUUUUAGGACGUUGCGGAUAUAUCGUUUCCGAAGAGGACAAACAAAAUGGUGAGCUGCGCUAUAAGAACGAUUUCACGGGCCAGCAUAUCCGUAAAGAUCUUCUAACCAAAAUACAUGGUAUAGGUGAUGCACAAUAUAAACUUGUCAGCGACGAUGACGAGAAGGAAGAAAUAAAGGUAGACGGUGAAGAGAGAGUAAUUACUGCCAAUCCACCAGAUCAUGGCGUACUUAGAACACUUCUCGGAUACCUCCACGAUUAUUACCGUGUUUGUCACUACGCCAGUUCAGGAUCAAAGAAGUCGCCGCGUAAUAUAUAUGAUAUGCUGAUAUGGCUUAGUGGCCUACCACAUAAUCCCGUAUACCACGAAUUAACAUUCAGCAGCUUUGAUGAGCUAUUUGAUAAAUCAGAGGAAAAAAACGUCAAUGUCGACGGUACCGUUCUCUCGUUGGCAUAUAUAGACGACGUGUCAUUCGUAGCGUAUCCUGAAACUAUGAAAGUUUCACAACUAACAUCGGCACUUGGUGACGUAUGUUCAAAGUCCCACUCAGUCCUCACAGCCAUAGUUGGUCAUGGCCACUCGGACGGUGUCUACGCUUGCGACUAUAACACGAAUGAAUCCAAACUACAGUAUCCUAGCUCUGCCAGUGCCUGCUUUGACAUGCUAGUAGAUAUAUUGUACAGGGUGUAUCAUCAAUUGAAUUUCUUAUAUAAUCAAUGCUGCGACACAACAGAUGUCAGCGGUUGGCGUAAUUGCUGGUAUGGUAACGCAAUAGGCGGCUCGUCAUGGAAGUGCAACAAGUUACAAUGCCCUGACCAACUGGGUAAUCCAACGUGUAAUCCAACGUGCAGGCAACACCCUAAUUGCGGCAUUAAAUCACCCUUGCAAUCCUUCUUAGAAGACGGACUGCCAGGGUUCCUUCCUCACCAAUUCGAGAAACCAGGUUGCAAGCUGGAGUGCACUGUAUCCAACCACAGAGGAUUACCGUGUAAGACUCCGAUGGGCUUCUCAGAUAUUGCCACUACGGCAUCGCAUAGGCAGAGCGGUCGGUAUUUGUGCACUGUCCUUGCUGAUUUCUGUGGAGGGAAAGAUUCAUGCCUCACUGAAAUUUGCAGUUCGUUGAUUUGUCUUUUGAAUAGGCCGCCGCAGACACUUGACGAGAUGUUUGCGUUUUACUACCAUCUGCUGAAUGAGUGGAAUAGCAAAAGCGGAGCCCAUGAGGCAGCUAAGAAGCAUAAGAAAUACGCUUUUGAGGUUGCUGUCAAAAAAGCUUCUUUCGGUUUCUACGAUCACCUUGACAACACUACCAUAUUCAAAUCUAUAAAUCACGAAGCUCAUACUAAAGGUGAUCUGUUCAGUCUUGUUUGCAGCAAUAUGGCAGACGUUAAAUGCGGUAAAUAUAUCAAACCUCUUAGCCACAACAUAUGGACGGUUUUCUCACAAAAGCAUGCCUCACGUUAUCUCUCGUGGGUCGUCUACUUGACGGAAACGUUUCAUAAUUUGCUUGAUCGACUGUUGAAUGAAUGCAUCGCUACAUGUGGUGAAGGCAACAAAUGUUAUGUCAAGUGUUGUGCUGCAACAUGCCCAGUCAAAUCCGCUUACGCAUCCAAGACGCCUAUUAUUGGUCUCAUCGAUAAACAUCACACUCAGGAUUGCAAAUCGAUAACUCACUGCCCAUCCACUCGUCCUACAUUAUCUAAAUACGGUUUAGUUUUCAGGAGUCCGUAUGAUUUAAGUGGAAUUAACAACGUCGAAUCGAAGCGGACAUGUAGAGAUUUUUGUUACGCAUUGGAAACAGUUUUGAACAAAGAGGUGCAUCUCGAACGUGCUCUUGCCAAAUUUGUAUUCGAAACCAUCCCAGAGUUCUUAUUCAGAAUACGUGAACCCUUCAUCUGGACAGUCGUGGCUCUCUGGUCGAUGUCUCUGCUCUACCUGUUUUACGUCUCGAUCGGACGCCUAGACACGCUACACAUCCGCUCCCACCUGAGAUCACUUUCAAGUCACAAGAUAGCCGCCCAGUCACUUCUCGCCGCCGCUCGUGUCGGCAAGCUCAGCAAGAUAUCGUACCUGCAAGCCUAA